CAGAGGUUAUAAUUGCACGUGCAACAAAGACUUCCCAAAAGGAGAUCCGACAUUUCAUUGCUAUAAAAACGUUAUAAUUGAAUUGAAGACACCUGUAGCACCGUUCAGGGGAGAUAAUGUGCUGAUCAACUCUUUUCCGAUACACAACAGGUUUCCGUAUUUUGGAAAGGAGUAUAAAUCUUUUAGACCGAAUAUGAAUGGUUUUAUCACACUUGGCUUUCAACCCUUGUAUCAGAACUAUGGGCCAGAAACCCCUUCUAACUGGAAGACAUUUAGCGAAGGUCGAACUGUGAUAGCUCCAUUCUGGACAAAUCUAGACUCUACUAAUCUCACUGGAGGUGUUUUUGUCCAUCUCAUGGAAUACUACAGAGGCGAUAUGAAUGAUAGUCGACACAAAGACCUGGCAAUGCUAGGAGAAGUAUUUUCAAAGUCCUACAACCUUACAGAUUUUCGCCCGCGUGUUGCUAUUGAAGUCACGUGGUUGAACGUUACAAAAGCAUCCUAUAUUAUACCAACAAGACUCAUAAAAUCUCAAAAUGUGACAAUGCAAUUGAUUCUUAUUUCGGAUGGUAUACAUUCAUACCUAAUGUUUAACUACGAUCAUGAGCAGUGGUCACUUAAACUCGACAAAAAUAUACCAAGUUCUGCCGGCUAUAGUGGCAAAGACAACGAUGUUUACAUCUUGGCAACAAGUAAAAAUGCUAGUUAUUUGAACCAACAUACCAACGUCGAGACGGGUCCUAAUGGAAGGUGGAUAUUCGACGUUACAGAUUAUAAUCAGAAUACAAUUGCCGUUUUAAAAAACGAAUCUGAGUGUCUGAAAUUUAGUAAAAAUGAAACAAUACGUAUAUGGAUAUCGAAACAGCGAUUGUUAUCGUACGCAUGUCCAUGUACCCAGCAACAGAUGGACCUCGACUACAGUUACCAUAUUGUGGAACCAAUGUACGAGAAUGCGAGUCCUAAACCAACAUGCUAUGAGGCGUGGUUCUUUAACAAUGAUGGAGUGAAGCAGACAUGCAGUUACAGGUAUAUAUGAUUUGUUUUAGAAAUA